AUUACCGUGUAGGUGCUCCCAGAGGCUGCCGGCUUUUCCAGGAACAGUAGUUCCUUCUCUGAGAGAGAGGUCAGCCAGACCCCGUCGCCAAGCCAGCGGACAAGUGGAGGUGGGCGGGGAAUCCAGGCAGCAGUGGCCUGGCACUUCCCGCUUCCCGGCAAAGUCCUGCCUCUCAGCUGCCCUAAGGAGGGGUGGGGAGUCUAUCCCUGUCUAUUGGCAAAGUCCAGCCAAGGUGAGGGAGGAUCGCAGGAGUCAGAGGACUGGGUCUAGGACUAGUAGUCUAGGUCUGGAAGGGAGGGGACAGAGGGAGACAACCUGGGUACAGGUGAGACCUCUCUAGAGUGCCCUCUGCUGGUCAGUGGCUGUCCCCCGCCAGAGACUAUUAAAACGGCACAAGACUGUACCUCCUCAAGGAGAAUGUGGCCUCAAGGGGCCGCCUUUGUGGCCCUGCCCCUCCUGGGGCCCACCCUGGUCUGGCUGCUCACCCAUCACUGGAUGUCUGGUUGGUGUGACAGCCUGAGAAAGCUGCCGUGGUGCCCAUCCCACAAAGUCUUGCUGCUGGUGUGGACAGCCAUCUACUCUAUCACGGGAUAUGCCUCCUACCUGGUGUGGAAGGACCUGGGAGGGGGCUUUGGGCGGCCCCUGGCCCUGCCCCUCGGCCUCUAUGCUGUGCAGCUCGCCAUCAGCUGGACUGUCCUGGUUCUCUUGUUCACAGCCCACACCCCCGGUCUGGCCCUGCUGCACCUGCUGCUGCUCUUCGGGCUGGUGGUGAGCACGGCGCUGAUCUGGCACCCCAUCAACAAGCUGGCUGCCCUGCUCCUGCUGCCCUACCUGGCCUGGCUCACCGUGGUUUCUUCCAUCACCUAUCGCCUGUGGAGGGACAGCCUUUGUCCAGAGCACCAGCCCCAGCCCACGUGGGAGAAGAGUGACUGAGGCAGGGGGCAGGGGAGAGGA